CGCAGGGAGAGCUGGGGACCUGGCCGGCACGGGCAUGCCAGUGCUAUCGGAGGACUCGGGUUUGCAUGAAACCCUGGCGCUACUGACCUCUCAGCUCAGACCGGACUCCAACCACAAGGAGGAGAUGGGCUUCCUGAGGGAUGUUUUCAGUGAAAAAAGCCUCAGUUACUUAAUGAAGAUUCACGAGAAGCUUCGCUACUACGAAAGACAAAGUCCAACCCCAGUUCUGCACAGUGCUGUGGCCCUCGCUGAGGAUUGGCAUUGUCUCAUUCCCCUACAGGUGAUGGAGGAACUGCAGGCCACCUCCGUGCACAGCGACCAGAGGGAGCUGCUCCAGCUGCUGUCCACUCCCCAUCUCAGGGCUGUGCUCAUGGUACACGACACGGUUGCCCAGAAGAAUUUUGACCCUGUUCUUCCACCUCUGCCUGACAAUAUUGAUGAGGAUUUCGAUGAAGAAUCAGUGAAGAUCAUCCGCUUAGUGAAGAACAAGGAACCCCUGGGGGCCACCAUUCGGCGGGAUGAGCACUCAGGGGCUGUCGUGGUGGCCCGGAUUAUGCGAGGGGGUGCGGCAGACCGGAGCGGCCUGGUCCACGUGGGAGAUGAGCUCCGAGAGGUGAACGGGAUUGCAGUCCUGCACAAGCGGCCUGACGAGAUCAGCCAGAUUCUGGCCCAAUCCCAGGGAUCCAUCACCCUAAAAAUCAUCCCAGCCACUCAGGAGGAGGAUCACUUAAAGGAGAGCAAGGUGUUCAUGCGGGCCUUCUUCCACUACGACCCUCGGGAGGACCGGGCCAUUCCCUGCCAGGAGGCAGGCCUGCCCUUCCAGCGCAGGCAGGUCCUGGAGGUGGUGAGCCAGGAUGACCCCACGUGGUGGCAGGCCAAGCGAGUGGGGGACACCAACCUUCGAGCCGGCCUCAUCCCCUCCAAGCAGUUCCAGGAGAGACGACUAAGCUACCGGAGAGCCACGGGCAGCCUGUCGAGCCCCCAGAGCCUCAAGAAGCCACCCUAUGAUCAGCCUUGUGACAAAGAGACAUGUGACUGUGAGGGGUACCUCAAAGGACACUACGUGGCUGGUCUCCGGAGGAGUUUCCGGCUGGGCUGUAGGGAGAGGCUGGGUAACUCGCAGGAAGGGAAGACGUCCACAGUAGCUGAGUCUCCAGAGCUGCUGACCUACGAGGAGGUGGCCAGGUACCAGCACCAGACUGGUGAGAGGCCCCGCCUGGUGGUUCUGAUCGGGUCUCUGGGAGCCCAACUGCACGAGCUGAAGCAAAAGGUGGUGGCCGAGAACCCACAGCACUUUGGUGUUGCUGUUCCACAUACCACCAGGCCCCGCAGAAGCCAUGAGAAGGAAGGGGUGGAAUAUCACUUUGUCUCUAAGCAAGCAUUUGAGGCUGACUUACAUCACAACAAGUUCCUGGAGCAUGGUGAAUAUAAAGAAAAUCUCUAUGGAACCAGCCUGGAGGCCAUUCACGCUGUUAUGGCCAAAAACAAAGUUUGUUUGGUGGAUGUGGAACCAGAAGCACUGAAACAACUGAGGACCUCAGAGUUCAAACCCUAUAUUAUAUUUGUAAAGCCUGCAAUUCAGGAAAAAAUGAAGACGCCACCUAUGUCCCCAGCUUGUGAGGACGCAGCAGCUUCACUUGAUGAGGAGCAGCAAGAGAUGGCUACCUCCGCUGCCUUCAUAGACCAGCAUUAUGGACACCUGGUGGAUGCUGUGCUGGUGAAGGAGGACCUCCAGGGUGCUUACAGCCAGCUCAAAGUCGUCUUAGAGAAGCUGAGCAAGGACAGUCACUGGGUACCUGUUAGUUGGGUCAGGUAA